CUUUCUUGGAGCACUUGAGAGCUUGGCAAAUGCAUGCACGUGACAGUAAUUCCGGUGUGUCCCGAAUGUAUGGGAGCUAUAUGAGGGGGUAGAGUGAUAGCGAUGCUGGCAAUAUUUCUCCCUUGUCGGACUAAGUUGCCUCGAUCAAUGCGGCACUUUAUGCUUUCUCCGGAACAUGUGCAAUAAAGACGGUGGAUUAUAAUCGACUGAGAAAUAUUGCUGCUCAGCACCAUAUCGUACUUAUCUACCUUCCUCAAUUGAACACCCAUCAUGAACCCUGUGUUUUGUUGGUCUUAUCACAUGCAACGACCUGGUAUUCAAGGGACAUGCAAUCUGCAACUAUUGCAUGAGAAGGCCCCAUCUAUAAAGAUGCAGGUAGUAUGUUCGUUACGUGACUGCAGUAAUUUCUGUAGGCCCAAGCCGUACACUACGUUAGACUCCACCCAACAGAUGUAUUAUGAGCAGAUAACACAACUAUAACUCUCUAGUGUGCUAGUACGUAUCGCUGUGGGUCAUCUGCUUGUAAUAUACAAGUGUCUUUGUUAUUGAUUAAAGAGCUAAAGGUCAUGAUUUGCUUACAAUACCCUGGUCGUUGCUGCAUAUCAACUAGCGGGCCUCAAGAUCGUCAUGAGCAGUCUGUCUUAUCAAGCCGAACAAUGACCAGUGACUGACGUUAUCAGAAAACAAAUAGAGGCGGAUCGCCUCUACAGUAUAUAUGUUCCCCCUACCAUGCAGUAGUGCCAUCUCCCAGCAUUCCUCCACACGGCGGCUCUGAACAGCAAGUGUUCACACCACUUUCCAGCCCAUCUACAUCAUUUGUCUUGUCGAUUUCAAGAGGUUUCCAUCAUACCAUACUAUCGCCCGAGUGUUUCUCAGCGAUAGUGUUCUGGUCAUACAGCGUACCGAAUCUUGAGCCAGAAACACGGCGUUUACUGGGAUCAUGGCUGAGACGCUGGAAAAGAAGGGCAUUGCCGACGAGGUUCAGAACCAGGAGCAUGCGCCUGACGUUAGCUACCUCCCUAAUCCCGACGCAGGAUUAAACGAAGAGGAGUGUGCUGCUGCCGACAAAAAGUUGUUGCGGAAAUUAGAUAUCAAGUUGAUUCCGUGGCUGUCGUUUUUGUAUCUGAUAUCAUUCUUGGAUCGAACCAACAUCGGCAAUGCAAAGGUUGACGGCCUUCAGGAAGACCUCGGUUUAUCCGACAGCCAAUACAACGCCACAUUGACAAUAUUCUUUGUCUCGUAUGCGCUUUUUGAGCCACUCACAAAUAUCUUGCUCAAGAAAUUGAGGCCAAGCAUUUUCCUGCCCAUUAUCAUGGUCUGGUGGGGUAUUUGCAUGACGUGUAUGGGACUGGUGCAUAACUUCCAAGGUCUGAUGGCGUCUCGAUGGUGGCUAGGUGUCGCUGAAGCUGGCCUUUUUCCUGGCGUAAAUUACUAUCUUUCAUGUUGGUACAGAAGAUCUGAGUUGGGCAUCCGCGCGGCCAUCUUUUUUUCGGCUGCAGCACUGGCAGGCUCUUUCGGAGGACUUCUCGCUGCUGGCAUUGCCCAGAUGGGUGGAGUAGGGGGCAAACCUGGAUGGGCGUGGAUUUUUAUUCUCGAAGGCCUCGCCACAAUACUUGUGGGCAUCGCGAGCUAUUGGAUGGUACAUGAUUUCCCAGAUGAGGCGAAGUUUCUUACACCCGACGAUCGUGCGCGCGUCCUGCGCCGACUCCGCGCCGACAAUCAAGCCUCAGCUUCCCAUGAAGACUUCAAAAUGGUCUACUUUUGGGCAUCAGUAAAAGAUUGGAAAACCUGGGCCUUUGCUAUAAUUUACAUGGGAGCAGAUGGAGCACUCUAUGCCUUCUCCCUAUUCUUGCCUACCAUCAUCUCUGGAUUGGGGUACGCUUCGACAACGGCAAAUCUUCUCUCUGUGCCCCCCUAUGCCGCCGCUGCUAUCAUUACCGUGCUCAUUGGAUGGGUUGCCGACCGUACGCAGCAGAGAGGAUUGUGCAAUAUCUUCAUAUCUUUGUUUGGGGUUGUUGGGUUCGCUAUGCUACUUGGCUCCGCCAAACCCGGCGUGCAAUACGCGGGGACCUUUCUUGGUGCGAUUGGAAUUUACCCUUGCAUAGCUAACACAAUCUCUUGGGCCAGUAACAACGUCGAGGGGGUGUACAAACGUGGCGUUACCCUUGGAUUUGUGAUUGGGUGGGGGAAUUUGAAUGGAGUAGUGAGCUCGAACAUCUACAGGGGGCAGGACAAGCCUAGAUACUUCUUGGGCCACGGCGUCGUACUGGCUUAUCUUGUUUUGUGGCUGUUGGGGGGAAGUGUCAUCACUAGGUUAUUGCUGGCUAGGGAAAACAAAAAGAGAUUGGCGGGUGAGAGGGAUGUUUGGGUGGAAGGGAAGGGGAAUGAAGAAGUUGAGGCACUUGGCGAUCGGAGACCAAGUUUUCUAUACACUUUGUAG